AUGGCGGCUCCGCCAGAUGAAAUCCCCGAUGUACGGAAAGUGGUCAAGUCGACCCGGCAGCACUUGCAGCUGCUGGAGACGACGUGCUCGAGUGGGGUGACGUUAGUGACAGAACUAGUCUCGAAGGUGAACUCGGCCGACGAGAUGUUGCGCCCGUUGAUGGAGAAUGAUGUCCUCGCGCUCGAGGAGCGCCAAGUUACACUCGCCGCCCGCAAAGAACAGCUCGAAGCUGCGCGAGCACGAGCUGCCGGCGAUCUUACGAGCACGGAAGAAGUCGAAGCAUUCAACCCACCGCAAGACACGGAGCCCAACGGCAUCUUUGGAUGUUUCGGUGUCUUCUUUGUGGCCAUCAUCAGCUCCAUCUACUACGUGUUCCGCGGUUUCUCGGCUCGUGAUCAGAUUCACUACAAAGAUACUUUCCAAGUU